AUUGGCUUCAAAGAUACAGUUUAUCCUGAUUCCUAGGGUUUCUUUUUUUUUUUUUCCUUUUUUCAUUUGUCGGGCGUUGAAUCUUACCAUGGGUUGCAUUGCUUGGUUUUGGCAUGUUUGGUCCCUUAAUUACUAUUUGUUUUUUUUUUUCUUUCUUUCUUGCUCUUCGGCGUGAUCGGUCUAUGACGGUCUUGAUCAAAGUCGGAAAAUGACUGGGUGCGGGGCCGAUAACUUGGCAGCUAAUGCAGCAAGCAAGGAACUGGUUGCUAGUAUUUGUCAGUGUUGGAAAAAAAUGGGCGCGACCGGACCGGGGGGAUUUGCUCAUGAUGCUUUUGCGCGCGCGCUCUCAUUUGAGUCUCUGCCUAAGUAGUCCCAUGCAGCAUCAUUUGCUUGCUUCUUUUCUAUCCGGUUUGGCUUUGUGCAAACUUUGGUCGGGAUCGUAUUUGUGUUUUUGUCUGCUUUUUUUUUAUUCCUUUCUGCAUCUUACUCUUUUUUCUUUUAGCCUCUUCUCAAUUCCUUCAUCCUGUUAUCAGUCUGGUUGUUAUUACUCUGUUAUUACUCUGGUUGUGAUCUUUUCACUUCUUCCUUUUCUUUUUUUUCCUUUACUCUUCUCUUCUUUUUACUUUUCUCUGCUACCUUUAGGUCACAUUCUGUAAAUGACCAAUUGUAAGGAGAGAAAUCAACCGGGCCCGCUUGAGGAGCUCCGUACCUUAGACU